AUGGCCAAUACUUAUGUCACUGCAUCUGAUGGGUAUUGUCUUGCUGAACCAGUGCAGUACUACGAUAUUUUGCCAGAACAAAUCAAUUAUCAGCUGUACGACAUUGAUUUUCAAGAAUCACCUUAUUGCCAGUAUUCUACUGUCCAGUUUCCUCCAGCUGUACAGUCCCAAUCUUUACAAAGUCAUCUCAACACUUAUAGCUUGGAUCCACAGUUCAGUGGUGGAGAGUAUGGACUUCUUUCCUGUGAAUUAAAUAAAUCCACUUACGUGGUUGCCCACGAUGCUGAAGAUGGUUACCCUGGAAUAAAGAGGUCCAGAAUAACUCAUUCUUCCAUUCGUAUUAAGGGACAGGAAGAACUCUGUGUAGUUUGUGGUGAUAAAGCAUCAGGAUAUCAUUACAAUGCACUUACUUGUGAAGGUUGCAAAGGGUUUUUUCGACGUAGCAUCACCAAAAAUGCAGUAUAUAGUUGCAAGAAUGGUGGUCACUGUGAAAUGGACAUGUACAUGCGUAGAAAAUGUCAAGAGUGCAGACUAAAAAAGUGUAAGGCAGUAGGAAUGUUGGAAGAAUGUUUGCUCACAGAAAUCCAGUGCAGAUCAAAGAGACUUCGAAAGAACUUUAAGCAGAAGAAUAAUUUUUACUCUAACAUCAAAGUGGAAGAGGAAGGGGUAAACAACAAGCUUGUGUCACCUACCACUAGAUCUGGAAAAGUGAUUCAGGAGAGCAUGGAACUAACUCAAGAGGAACAUCAGCUCAUUAACAACAUCGUGGCCGCUCAUCAAAAAUAUGCAAUUCCAUUAGAAGAAACAGAAAAAUUUCUGCAGGGAUAUGCAAAUCCUGAACUGAUCUUCUUGCGACUCUCAGAGACAGUUGUCCUACAUAUACAGAGGUUAAUGGAUUUCACCAAGAGACUCCCAGGAUUUGAAAAUUUGACCAAUGAGGAUCAGACUGCAUUACAGAAGGGAUCAAAAACUGAAGUGAUGUUCCUUCAUGUGGCCCAAAUUUACAGUCAAAAAGAAUGUCUUUCAUCAACUUCUGAAAGUGAAAAAGCUACUAUGAAAAUAUCAGAUCAUUCAGAUCAUUCACUGAAUUGUCAUGAUCAAAGUGGUGAUAGAAGUGCUAUUUAUCCUAUGGAAACAUUUUGCAAUGAAGAUUGUCCUUCUGCUAUGCUGACUGGUAUUGCUGAAGAAUUUAUUACCACACUGUAUUACUUCUGUAGAAGAAUGAGUGAGCUUAGUAUUACUAAUACUGAAUAUGCUCUGCUUGCAGCCACAACAGUGUUUUUUUCAGAAUUGCUGUUACGAAUAUAUCGCCAUAAAAUGGACAUCAUCAAGGGCUCAUCAAAUUUUGUGGAAUAUAGGACCACCACUAGAGGGACAUCUAGUAUUCUUUUCAAGAUUCGUCCCCAAAGAAGCAAUGGUUAUUGUUACUGCAUGGUCUUGCGCCCCCGGCCAACGGAGGCCGCCGACCGUUAUUUAGCCGUUACACCGCCAACCGCCCGGCACCUCCCUGCUGGCCGCUCGGCUGGAGCGAUUUCCCGCUUUUUCCGAGGUUCGGAGGCAGAAGUUCAUGUUGGUUCUUUCUGCUGCCCUAAUAGACAGCAGGUGGCGGUUCGCGUGACCACCGAGCCCGCGGUUUCCCGCUAG